AUGGAAUCCAUGGAUACCUCUCAAGAUAACCUUGUCCGUAGGAGGAAUAAGCAGUUUGAGAUGGAUCUUGAAGGAGCUACUCUCGAGCUAGAAGUUGAUGAGGUGGGUGGACUCCAACUUGCCCAAAGAACCUUGGUGGGCAAAGUCCUAGCUGAAAAACCUUUGAACAAGAUUGCUAUCAAAGAUGUCCUCACCAAAGCUUGGGCCACAGAGGAUGAAGUUAAAAUCUCUGACAUGGGACUGAAUAUCUUCAUGUUCAACUUCAAGGACAAAGAAGGAGCCAAGAAAAUCUAUGAAGGAGGUCCGUGGAAUGUUAUGGGUAACCUUUUGAGCUUGCAAAAUUGGAUCCCUGAGGAAUCAAUCUUUGAACUAGACUUCUCUCAAGUACUCUGUUGGAUUCAGCUACAUGGGCUGCCCCUGGAAUCCUUCACCACUGCUAAUGCUGCUAAAAUUGCCCAACAUAUUGGGGAAGUCAGGGAAGUGGAAAAUCCCAUUGUCGAGGGACAAAUGCUCAGGUCCUUAAUGAGAGUGCAAGUUCACCUCAACACUAGGAAACCUUUGGCCACAGGGUUUUGGGUCCCAAGGAAGGACCUCCCUAGGACCUGGGUCUUCAUCAAAUAUGAAAAGAUGCAGGGCUUCUGCUUCAACUGCAGAGAAACUGUUCGAGGCCGAGAGCGAUGGCUACCCUUGACCCAAGUAAACCACGGUAUAGUAUCUCCUUAG